CCGAGCCAGCUCCGCGGAGGCGACUUGUGCAGGACUGAAUUCAUGGUCCACUUGUUCGGAACCAUGGAGGCGUGCAAUCCUUCGUUUUUGGUGGUCCUGUGGUGAUUUGGUGGCAACGGGGAGCCCACGCUGGUUCCCAACAGCUUUCGAUGGAGCAGCUCAGACGGCCGUCCACUGAUAAGGAAGCCCCCCAGCAAGACGGAGCUGCAGGGCACAGCAGCGGAGACCAACAGCAGCUGAAUGGGGGGUCCAGCUUUGGUUCUAUGAGUGCACAGGAAAGAGGCACCAGGAAAGAAAUAAGGACCAAGUACAGAGAUCUCAUCGAUUCAGUCCAACAAAAUAGAGAAGAUUUACUGAGUCCAUCAAACAACAAACUUACAGAGAUUUUGGAAGCGGCAGACAGCCUUUUUGAAAAUGUGCGAGAGACGAGCGAAGCGGUGCUGGAUUCCAAGUUCGUUUUAAUGGCUACGGACCUGAACAACGAAAGAGCCAGCCAGAUGCGAGAAGAGGACAGUGCUUUUGACCACGCUGCUUUUGCUGAGCACCUUCUCUCCUUCAUGGGUCUCAACCGACUGGAAAGUGGUAGGGGGGAGCAGAGCGAAGAGGAAAUUGAGGGUUAUUUGCCCAAAGAUGCCUGGCAGAGACUGGCCCAGAGAGCUGAGGCUUGCUUUCGGACAGCGCCGACCUUCCACUACAUGUUGGGUUCCUUCCAUGCAGAGCCGCCCCCUCCGAAGCAAAAGAUAGUACGCCAAAAGAAAGCCCCUAGCAAGGAAGCAAAAAGGAUCAUGCCCACUCAGCUGAAAACGAUGGAAGAGACUGAGCAAGAAGCCACUGAGAAAGAAGUGGAGAGGAUCCUGGCCUGCCUAAAAAGUUAUCAUCAAGAUGACCCGAUGUCGCCGAUAUCGUAUUACGAGUUUGUCAUUGACCCCAACUCCUUUCCACGCACCGUGGAGAACAUUUUUCACACGUCGUUCCUGGUCAGGGAUGGUUUGGUACAAAUUGGUUUGGAUCUAGAUAAGUUGCCUUUUAUAGCUCCGGUGGAGGAGGUGGAAGGAGAAGCUGGAGAAAGAGGAAACUGUCAUGCAGCUAUUGUUACAAUCAGCCCAAAGAGCUGGAAGGAGCUCAUCGAAGCUUUUGAAAUCACUGAGCCCAUGAUUCCCCCUCUGAACAGUCAGUGAUGGACCAAACCAGGGACUCGAUGGACUUGCAUUUUUGUUUGUUACGAAUUUGUUUCAAUUUUGAAUUCAUAUUGGAGAUAUUGUUUAUAUUUCAAUAAAGACAUUUUUGUCAUCA